AUGUUCGGGUCCUGGUUUGGCGGCGGCAAGGCACAAGCCGCGAUCGGAGCAAUCCCGAGCAACUUGCCCCGAGGACUCUACCUCUAUGGCGACGUCGGUAGCGGCAAGACGAUGCUUAUGGACCUGUUUUAUGAUACCCUACCGAGCUCUGUCAAGUCGAAGACACGCAUUCACUUUCACAACUUCAUGCAGGAUGUCCACAAGCGCCUGCACAAAAUGAAGAUGCAGUACGGCAACGACGUAGAUGCCGUCCCUUUUGUUGCGGCAGACAUCGCAGAGAAAGGCAAUGUGCUUUGUUUCGAUGAGUUUCAAUGUACGGACGUAGCGGACGCCAUGAUUCUGAGAAGACUGCUUGAAUCACUCAUGUCGCAUGGCGUUGUACUUGUCACCACCUCGAACCGACAUCCCGACGAGCUCUACAAGAACGGGAUUCAGCGCGAAUCCUUCGUUCCGGCGAUCAAACUGCUCAAGAGCAGACUCCACGUGAUCAACCUAGACUCCCCGACAGAUUACCGCAAGAUCCCUAGACCUCCUUCUGGAGUCUACCACACCCCUCUCGACGCGCAUGCCGCCUCUCAUGCUGAGAAAUGGUUCCGCUUCCUCGGCGAUCCCGAAUCCCCAGAGCCGCACCCAGAGGUACAGAAGGUCUGGGGUCGCGAGAUUCAUGUCCCGCGAGUCAGUGGCCGUUGCGCAUGGUUCACAUUCGAUGAGCUUAUUGGAAAGCCCACGUCUGCCGCUGACUAUCUCGAGCUUGUGCGAAGCUACGACGCUUUUAUCGUUACCGACGUACCUGGCAUGACCUACCGCCAACGCGAUCUAGCGCGGCGUUUUAUCACUUUUAUCGAUGCCGUGUACGAAUCACAUGCCAAGCUGGUUCUUACAACAGAGAAGCCUCUCACUGAGCUCUUCGUCUCCCGGGCUGAGCUGGAAGAGUCACUUGGUAAGCAAGGCAAGGAUGAAGCGGGGCAGGGCGAUGGAGCAAUGAGCCACCUACUUGAAGACUUGGACCAGAAUAUCGAUUCCAUCAAGGGCCUUUCGGGCCUAUUCUCUGGAGAUGAAGAGGCCUUUGCGUUCGCACGUGCGCUCUCGCGUCUGAGCCAUAUGGGUAGUCGCGAGUGGGUCGAGCGAGGCAUGGGUUUGGAGCAGCAGGGCGGCAAGAAGGAGCGUGAUGACUGGGCCAAGGUCAGGAGUCGGCAGAUGGAAGACAGCAUGUAA